AGCAAACACGUCUUGGAACACUGAUGUUCGAAGCAUUUCCUGAAGGCCACGAUUCGCAUGGCGAACGUCGCAUCACACGUUUUGGUAUGCUCACACUGAUCAGAAAGGACGUGUCUGUCACAGCUUGCGGUAUCUUUAAACUAGAUAUGUCCUUACUUUCGUCGAUAUUUGCCGCACUACUUUCGUUCGUCAUAAUACUGAUACAAUUCGAUAAAGCCAACCUAAAUAAGCACUCUGAUGCAGUCACAGUUGUCGAGGGUUUGUACAACUCGAAAUUUUAAAUCUUCCUCUGAAUCAAUGAUAUCAACCAUCUCUUGCCGCUUCUCGAUGAGACACUUUACGACCUUCUCCAACGGUCCCACGAUCUCAGGGCACAAGUUAAUCUCAACCUGUCCGUAGAGCCACCAUCGGAAAUCCAUAUCCAUGUAGAUCUCGUCCUCUAUAUUCUUGCCCGGUGCUGCCUCAUACUCCAGCAGCUUGCUGUGGUACGUCCUGCAGUUUACGGGUUCUUGCCUCAUCUGCUAGUUGGAUGCUUCGUACUAGUUGGAGUUGGAUGUUAUGGAUGCAGUUGGAUGCUGAUUGAUAGAUUCAAGGGUACAAUAUCGGAUGCUCGGUAUCCUUCAUGCUGAUGAAUGAUUUGUCUGGAAAAUCAAAUCAACUGUAACAGUAUAAAUUAUGCUAAGCGUCACUGAAGCAAACUGUCGUUAACAGAACUAUCUUACUAUCUCGUUUUCCUCUUUAUCGCUGCCUACAAAUAACUCGUAUGGAAGUAAUCCAAUUCAUCGAUGGAAUGAACAUCUUAAGUUGAAUUUGGUCAGGAUUACGGCUAUUUUCUACGACAGUUCGUGCACUUCAUAAUCCAAGUAACGAAAAUCCGUUUACGCUGGGAUUAGCAUUUAUCUGUUUUAUGUUUAUUCAAAAAGAGACAUGGUUGCUAACGGAGAACCACUCUAGCAGCAUUCAAGUUGAUCGAAUAUGUAUGCGUGCUAGAUGUAGGUUGCACGCCGCUUGAUAUAUGAAUAUCACGAUUCAUGAAUUCAUUAAGAAGGUCCUGCGCAUCUCGCUGGGCCAAUAUGACGCCGUACACGCGAUGAGACUCUGCAGUAGCCUCACGGCGCCCAGAUAAAGGACACGAUGACCGGUUCCACUUACAACAAAGAGCAGCUAGCUGCAAAGCUUUAUUCAUCCAUUCAACCGUUCCUAUUCUACAGUCAACUGCUAUGUAGUGCCCCAUAUCCGGUCGCGAUGUUGCAGUCCUCGUGCCAUCGGAGCCUUGUGUAUCAAUCAAACUUCAAGCUAGCACGCUGCUUUCUCACUACAUCGCUGAUGGUCUGUAUCGCUCUCUGCAAUUUGGAGGGAGUGAUUGCUAUGGUCUCCGUAUCACUACCCUUCUUCACCGCGACACUCUACUUCAACGUAAUGGUGGCUAAUGUCGCCGUUAGUGUGCUAUCCGUCGCUCGGAGCUACAAAAAGGACGAGGCCUACGAUCGAUUCCUCCAGAAGCUUCUCACCAUAGCCUGUGCACUACAUGAGAACGAAUGGGAAACGCUGCUACCUUAUCUUCGCCGACGACUCCAGUGUGUAUGCGCGUUACUAGCGACCCUGUUUGCAAGCGCUUUGGCAUGUGAUUUCGUUCAUUACGGCAGCAUCUACUCAACUCUCUUCACGCUUGUCGCCUUUGUCAUGCCCAAUGUCCUGGUUGCACUUUCGCUGCUGCAGUACGCUUACGGCGUGCUGCUUAUCUAUCAGCUGCUGCAGCGCUUCAAUCGUCGGCUCGCGAUAAGAGAGCAGACGCCGGAGAGUGAACUGGUACAGUGGAUCGCGCAGAGUGAAUCGUACUACCUGCAGCUCGCGUCCUGCAUUGAACACAUCGCGCAGUCUUUUGGGCCGCUCAUCGUCGUCAACACGUUUGCAGUGAUAACUGUUAUCAGCUUGACGCUGCUAGAAAUUUAUCAGUAUCUGCAAAUCAACGACUUGAAACCGAUCUUCAUCCUCUACAAUCUGAUGUGGAGCAGUAUGCUAUGUGUGUUGCUGGUGUUGCCUCUGUACCCAAAUCACUUAUUGAAACAAGAGCAAACACGUCUUGGCACACUGGUGUUCGAAGCAUUUCCUGAAGGCCACGAUUCGCAUGGCGAACGUCGCAUCACACGUUUUGGUAUGCUCACACUGAUCAGAAAGGACGUGUCUGUAACAGCUUGCGGUAUCUUUAAACUAGAUAUGUCCUUACUUUCGUCGAUAUUUGCCGCACUACUUUCGUUCGUCAUAAUACUGAUACAAUUCGAUAAAGCCAACCUAAAUAAGCACUCUGAUGCAGUCACAGUUGUCGAGGGUUUGUACAACUCGAAAUUUUAAAUCUUCCUCUGAAUCAAUCAUAUCAACCAUCUCUUGCCGCUUCUCGAUGAGACACUUUACGACCUUCUCCAACGGUUCCACGAUUUCAGAGCACAAGUUAAUUUCAACCUGUCCGUAGAGCCACCGUCGGAAAUCCAUAUC